GGCAUCAUGACAGCCAUCGGGGCGCAGGCACAGAGGCUGCUGGCCCACCGGAGACCACAAAAGUCCUUCUUUGAGACGCUCAUCAGGAGCCUGAUCAUCUUGUGCGUGGCAAUAGCAGUGGUCUUGUCGUCCAUCUCCAUCUGCGAUGGCCGCUGGCUCUUUGCGAGGGGUCAGCUCUUUGGACUGUGGCACUUCUGCACCGCGAACAAUGGCAGCGUCCUGAAGUGUGUCACUGACCUCAGCCUCGCCAAGGUGGAGGGGCUGAGCGUGGGGGUGAUCCCAAUAAGAAGCAUGGUGGCCUUUGCUGUUGUGGUAGCCAUAUUUGGCCUGGAGCUGCUGAUGGUGUCUCAAGUCUGUGAGGAUGCCAAUGCAAGGCGGAAGUGGUCAAUGGGCUCAAUUCUCAUCCUUGGCUCGUUUUUACUGUCAGCCACUGGGGUUCUGAGCUUCUCCAUCCUCGUGAAGGAUCACCUCACCUUCACCGGCUUCACACUGACCUACUGGUGUGAAUUCAUUGCUGCCUUUCUCUUCUUCCUUAAUGGAAUCAGUGGACUUCACAUCAACAGCCUCACACACCCCAGGAACAGGGUGGGCAAAAUCUAGGCACAAAGGGUGUACCUCUGUCUUUAUGUAAACAGCUUUGCCAAUUAGAGUGGAAAAAAAGGGAGCCUAAUGAAGUUUGAAAAGGACAUCGAGUCUUAAAUUGUGUGCAAGGAGCAGAGGCAUGAGUCAGUCUUGGUGCCUGCAGAAGGCAUACCCACCCACUGGGCAGUAUGGAGAGCUGCACAACAUGGGCAGAGCAGAGAUUGGACUGGCUACUACUGCAAUGUGUUUUCCUAAAGGAGUGGAUUAAAGAAGAAGGUGUCCCGCUGGACCUGCACAGGGGUGACAGACUGAUCUACAUCGUGGGCUGUCCUGUGGCUUGCAGAAAGCCUGUACUACUAUGGGUUUGGUGUUGCUAUGCUUUCUUCCAUACUCAGUCUAGAGCCUGCAAAGAGUAUGACACAUCAUUGGUGUGUUUUAUGGCUUUGCUCUGUCUCAAGGACAGAUGAUUUGUGGCUGGCCACACUCAGUGGUGUGAAGUAUUGAAAAUCUUCAUUGGAUCUCACACCUUCACUGCUCUUUCAAAAGUGAAGGCAUACAGUUCUCAGUAUAGUUACUAAUUUUGUUUCUUGCUGGCACACUCCCUGUAUCUGUCCUUUACUCAGUUUAUUCUGGGACACUUCUGGCAAAGGUGCAGGGAGAAGUAGCUGUCUUGGGGCCAGCAGAAGGUGCUGGUUGAUGCAGGUAUAUAGGAAAGAGUUGUAACUCCUUCCUCAGACAGGAGAGCUUAUUCCCGAGCUCACAGCCUCUCCUCACUGGCACUGCUCCUCUGCCACCUGCGUAAGACACAGCCUAGCCUGACUUCCUCACAGUCCUUGCAAAGUUCACAGUAUUUGGGCAUUUCUCUUCUGGUUUCUUUUCUGUCCCUUUGAGGCAAGAGGAACAAGCUCUACAGGGGCUUUAGGUGUACAUUGUGGCUGGGCAGACGGUGCUGACAGCCUCUCUGCUCCUUCAGAGUGAGUUUCAGCUGUCUGAAUUUCCUGCAGGACAAUGGGAAAUCUGCUCAUCCUGUAGCUGAGAGUCUCCUGUAGCAUUUGUUCUGGAGGAGAAAGCUCUAAAUUCUCCCAAACAGACCAGGUCCUUUUCUUCCCCUGAUUAACGGUGGACCUGGGAGGAAGAGCCACCCAUGAUUGCCUAAGGUGGGGGUGGGUUGAUGAGGGCAGUUCUAAUCUGCCAUCGCUGAUGGAAAUACAAAGAAACUUGACUAAAAUUAUAUUAAAGCUCCUUGUCCUUCUGCCAGCGCCUGAGUCACAAUCUCUAAAGUUACUGCAGCCUCGAAAUUCCCCAUGAUAUGUGAUGUAAAACGAGAGAAGACUCGGCAGGAUACCUCAGAGGCUCAUUGCCCUACAUGUGUUGUCCCUGUCCACCUUACAGCACUGAGUUGUCUUCUGAACAUUCUGGAGUGUCUGGUUUAUUGUUUUCUAUCUGCUGGUAAAGCUGCCUGCGCGCUUGUAGGACGAAUGUUUCUACCUGUUUCAUCUCUGUAGCUUGUCUGAUAGCUGUUGAGCAAGGUUUUGCUUUCCCCUGCAGCAACAAUACAAAGUUCUGAUGAUGCAAUGUUUCACCUGGAACAAAGGCAUCGUAGCACAGAGGCUGAGAAGGCUGUGCAGGCAAGCUAUGAGUAAACAGCUUUGUCUCUGAAAACGAAGACUUAAGUACUGUCUGAGCAUCCCUGCAGGCCUGCUGAAUGUGCUCCUAUGGACAGACUCACCUUCAUGAAAACAGUCUAUUCGUCCUCAGAUUUCCAUAACUUUUAAAGACAAGACUAAUAAGCCUGUUUUGCAAUACAGUUUCAGACAAGGCUUGCUCUCGGACAGUGCCAGUUGUGCUUUCACACAUGAAUCAGCCCCUCCUUCUGGCAAGAUGAUGGCCAGACCUGUGCUAUGCAGCCAACUCCUGAAACUCUGGGAAUUUUGGGGGCUCUGUCAGGGUUUCAAGUUUCUUGGUUCACACUCAAGAACAAGGACUUGUGCCCUUAACCUGCCUCUGGAAAACUGCACUGUGAUUGUGUGUCUUCGUGAGGGUGCUUUUGAUUUGCUGAAUUCCACUGUUGGAAGACAUGCUGGUGGGCUGAACUUGCAGAUGCUUGCAUGAACAGUGCUGUUGCCUUUAGCAGAGCCACUUAGCACAGAAAGAGACUGUGGAGUCCCAUCUGAAACUUGGACUUUGGUAUCAUGAGGUGGUAAAGUGCCUUGACUAACCAAUAAAUCAGUUGCGGUGCCCAGAGGUGUCCAUGCCAGGCAAGACUGUUGCCCUACAUGAGAUUAAAGGUGUCUACAGCUCUAGAAGCAUGGAUGUAGUGAGUGCCUUCUUGGUGACAUCCAAAAUGAGAAAUCAAUUCUGCAUGUACUCCCCUUAGUGCUAGUGGGAGGCUGUGCCCCAGUCACUUCCCUGGGGGAAGGCAGCAUUGCCAGACUGAGUCCUAAGCUGGUGCCUCCCACUCGGGUUAGAGUGAGGCAGUGGACAAUUGACCAUUGAGUUCACACAAGACUCGGUGCAAUUGUGAGUGGUUUUUAGGAUGCCCUGUACUAGCUGAAGAAGAAGCCUUUUGUUAGGGGAGGUGAGGAAUCCUCUAAGGAAUACACAGUAACUUUUAUUUCCCCAUCUGGCUUUGUGUCUUACUUACUGACUUACUGAUUCUGGGAGAAGAUGUGUUUUUGAUGGCUCGGUAUUACAAAACAGGGUUGGUUGUCUUGUAGGCUGCCUUAUAUACAGCAGCCUGCCAGCAAUUGAUAACUGUUUUCUGAAGCCCCUGGAAAGUGACAAGCAAUAUUCCUGAAGUUUCUUAAAUAAAUUCCUUUCAAAUAAGACAA